AUGCCGCAAGAUGGUCCUAUGCCAGCCGAUUCUAUGCAAGGAACGGCAGGAAGGAUGACGAAACAAGGCGCUGACUGCGGCCUUGAGAGUCGCAUCCUUCCGCGGGCCGUUGAUGUGCCCCGUUCCCCCACUACUAUUUCGCCUGAAAAACGAUGGAAUACAGCCCAACUAGGGAGUCGAUUGGCUCUAGAUGCCGCCAGUGCUGCGGUUGCAGCUGCCCUUAUAUGCCCCACCGUUACAGUUAUAGACCGCGCUAUCAUAGAGAAAGCCGCCAAAGGCCUCGCAAUUCGCGAGAGCUUGACCUCUUCCCUCAAGGAGUUGGCAAUACGACCGCAUAGAUUCUUCGUAUCGACACCAUUUUUGCUGAUUUACACUCUCUACUCGUGUACAUACCUCACCGCCAACGUCAUUGACACUGUGGUUUCGACCAUGGAAGACAAACAUUUCAGCCAUGUAUCCGCCGGCCCCAUGAAGUUUAUUUCAACAGCAUUUGUAAAUAUGUCGAUAUGCGUUUAUAAAGACUCACGGUUCGCGAGGAUAUUCGGCGCCCAGAGCCAGAAUUCGCAGGGUUCUCCCUCGCCAUCGACGUUGAAAGCUGGAAGCGCUCAAUGCCACCCGACAAGAAUAGCCUCGACACCUAAAAUACCAAAAGUUUCCCUCGGCCUGUUUUGUCUCCGUGAUAGUCUUACGAUAUUCGCCUCGUUUAACGUUCCUCAGCUGAUAUCGCCCCAUAUCCCGGACUUCCUGGCCUCAACACCGUCGGCGAAGACAUCACUCGCCCAGUUUACAAUCCCCGCCACCGUCCAGCUUUUCAGUACCCCACUUCAUCUGCUAGGGCUAGAUUUGUACAAUCGCCAACCACCUGGCGGCUUGCCUGCCGUGGAUAGAUGGGCACGAGUGAAGCGGGACUGGCUCCCCAGCUGCAUUGCGAGAAUAGGACGGAUUCUCCCUGCCUAUGGUGUUGGGGGUGUUGUGAAUACAAAACUUAGAGAAAACUUAAUGCACUCAUUGGACACGAAUUUAUCCCAACAAACAAAGAUAUGA